CGGAAACAGGAUGAGUCUGAACAUCCGCCCAGGACUCCCUAACUCGCAAAGAAGUCGCUCGGUCCGCUGUCGGAGGAAGACGGCAUUUCCUCACGCCUGCCCCUCACGUGACCGGGCGGUCAGGUGACACCCCGAGCCGCUGGUAGCGAGUCUGGUCUGGGAGAUGCUGUCGUGCAGGAGGAGGAGGAGAAGAUGAAGGUUGUACUCUUCCCUGCGCUCUUAAUGUUCUCGGCAUGGAGGCUCUGUUCUGCUGUCGCAGGGGGGAUGCUCUUCCCCAAGGAAUCGCCGUCCCGGGAGGUCAAGGAAGUGAACGGAGUGUGGAAAUUCAGAGCCGAUUUCUCCGACAGCAGGAACGCGGGUUUUGAGGAGCAGUGGUUCAAACGGCGCCUUGAAGAGACAGGCCCCGUGAGCGACAUGCCCGUCCCAGCGAGCUUCAACGACAUGUCUCAGGACCCGCGGCUGAGGGACUUCAUCGGCUGGGUGUGGUAUGAGAGGGAGGCGUGGAUCCCGGGACGAUGGCUGGUGGACAGGGGGCAGCGGGUGGUGUUGCGCGUGGGCAGCGCUCACUACUUCUCUGUCGUGUGGGUUAACGGAGUCGAGGUGACCCAACAUGAGGGAGGCCACCUCCCCUUCGAAGCCGACAUCAGCGAUCUGAUCCGAAAGGAUCCCGCGCAGCUCUGCCGGAUCACCAUCGCAGUCAACAACACCCUGACCCUGCGCACGCUGCCGCCCGGGACCAUCCAGUACAUGAACGAUCCCACAAGGUACCCAGCUGGCUACUUUGUGCAGAACACGAACUUUGACUUCUUUAACUAUGCUGGAAUUCACCGCCCUGUCCUUCUAUACACAACACCUCUGGCACACAUCGAUGACAUCACAGUGCAGACCAGCUUUCAGGAUAACACAGGGCUAGUAAGCUACCAGGUGUCCAUCCAGGGCAGCCAGGAUGUGACGGUGACGGUAAACUUGUCUGAUAAGGACCGUCGCAGUGUCGCCACAGCCAGUGGCACCUCUGGGACACUCAAAGUGGCAGAUGUGAACCUUUGGUGGCCCUAUCUGAUGCAUGAAAACCCCGGGUAUCUAUAUUCUCUGGAGGUGCACAUGAGUGCCAAAUCUGGCGGCUCACAGUAUGAGGAUUAUUACACACUGCCCGUUGGGAUCCGCACUGUGCAGGUCACAAAGACACAGUUCCUCAUCAACAAUAAGCCUUUCUACUUCCAUGGGGUGAACAAGCAUGAGGAUUCGGAUAUCAGAGGGAAGGGGCUGGACUGGCCCCUGAUCAUCAAGGACUUUAAUCUUCUGAAGUGGCUCGGCGCCAACUCGUUCCGCACCAGCCAUUACCCGUACGCCGAGGAGAUCCUGGAGCUGUGUGACCGCCACGGCAUCGUGGUCAUCGACGAAUGCCCCGGCGUGGGCAUCAAGGACAUCCGCAGUUUUGGGAACGAGUCCCUGGCGCACCACCUGGUUGUGAUGGAGGAGCUGGUGAGGAGGGACAAGAACCACCCCUCCGUGGUGAUGUGGUCUGUCGCCAACGAGCCCGCCUCCGAGAUGCCCCCUGCAGGUUUCUAUUUCAAGUCAGUGAUAGAACACACCAAAUCCCUGGAUCGGUCUCGGCCUGUCACCUUUGUUUCGGACAGCAAUUUUGCCAGAGAUAAGGGGGCCCCAUAUGUGGAUGUGAUUUGCGUGAACAGCUAUUUCUCGUGGUACCACGACCCUGGGCACCCGGAGGUCAUUCAGAUCCAGUUGAACACCCAGUUUGAGAACUGGUACCGCAUGUAUGAGAAGCCCAUCAUUCAGAGUGAAUACGGGGCAGACGUUGUUCCUGGAUUACACACUGAUCCUCCGAUGAUGUUCACCGAGGAGUACCAGAAGACUGUACUGCAGAACUAUCACGCGGUGUUUGACCAGAAGAGGAAGGAGUAUGUCAUUGGUGAACUCAUCUGGAACUUUGCCGACUUCAUGACGGCACAGACCAUCACCCGCGUGGUUGGGAAUAAGAAGGGGAUCUUCAGCCGUCAGCGUCAGCCCAAAGCCGGGGCCUUCCUGCUGAGGGAGCGGUACUGGAGACUGGCCAACGAGACGGGCCGCCUGCCCCCCUGGGGCAGAUAUCCCUGCGCGUGACAGGAGUGAGGGCAUCAACCCUCGGCCUGGCUCGUUCCACAGCAGGGGACCGGUGGACCGACCUUUCAGCCUUACUCACGAAUAGUGCCUUAUUCCUACCCUGGUUCCAACAACGCUUCCAGAAAUCACUGUAGCCUGCACUGCGGGCUGAAGACGGUGGCGUUCACUGUCGGGCCUCAAGUCUG